AUGUCUGCUAAUAAUAUUAAAUUAUUAGCAGGUAAUGCUCAUCCAGAAUUAGCACUUUUAAUCUCUAAGAAUUUAUCCAUCCCAUUAUCUAAAAUUGGUGUUUAUCAAUAUUCUAAUAAAGAAACCUCUGUAACAAUUGGUGAAAGUAUAAGAGAUGAAGACGUUUACAUUAUUCAAACAGGAAUAGGUGAACAAGAGAUUAAUGAUUUUUUAAUGGAACUGCUAAUCUUAAUCCAUGCUUGUAAAACUGCUUCUGUGAGAAGAAUUACUGCUGUUUUACCAAACUUCCCAUAUGCAAGACAGGAUAAAAAGGAUAAAUCUCGUGCGGCUAUUACAGCUAAAUUGAUUGCCAAUUUAUUACAAACAGCCGGUUGUGAUCAUAUUAUAACAAUGGAUUUACACGCUUCUCAAAUCCAAGGUUUUUUUAGAAUCCCCGUCGAUAAUUUAUAUGCUGAACCAAGUGUGUUGAAUUAUAUAAAGACAAAGACAGAUAUUAAUAAUGCUAUUUUAGUUUCUCCUGAUGCAGGUGGUGCAAAGAGAGUUGCAUCAUUAGCUGAUAAAUUAGAUUUGAAUUUUGCUUUGAUUCACAAAGAAAGACAAAAGGCAAAUGAAGUCUCUAGAAUGGUUUUGGUGGGUGACGUUAAAGGCAAAUCUUGUCUAUUAAUAGAUGAUAUGGCUGAUACAUGUGGUACUUUGGUAAAAGCUUGUGAUACUUUAUUAGAUAAUGGUGCAAAAGAAGUUAUUGCUAUUGUUACUCAUGGUAUUUUUUCAGGCAACGCAAGAGAAAAAUUACAAAAUAGUAGAUUAUCAAGAAUUGUCUGUACAAAUACAGUCCCAGUUGAUAUCGAUUUACCUAUUGUUGAUCAAAUUGAUAUUAGUCCAACUUUAGCUGAAGCUAUUAGAAGAUUACAUAACGGGGAAUCUGUUUCAUAUUUAUUUACUAACGCUCCUGUGUAA